AACUGGUCUUCUUUAUCCUGGAUUCAUUAUUCCCCACACUCAGUUCUGCUCUGAAUGGACCUCUGUCUCUCCUGAAGCUCCAGGGACACAUUUCCCUCCAACUUUGCCUCCUGACUCUUUCUGCAAACUUGUCCAAACACAUUAAAAACUCCAAACAUGGCUGCUACAGGACGGAGGCACCUGGUGAGGGAUUUCAACCACUUCAUCACGUGUUAUCUGUGCCGAGGUUACCUGAUCAAACCGACCACUGUCACUGAGUGCUUGCACACCUUCUGUAAGAGCUGUAUUGUGCAACACUUUGAGGAGAGCAAUGACUGUCCCAAAUGUGGCAUUCAGGUGCAUGAGACCAACCCUCUGGAGAUGCUCAGGUUGGACAACACCCUGGAGGAGAUCAUCUUCAAGUUGGUUCCUGGGCUCAGAGAAAAAGAGGAACAGCAAGAACUUGAAUUCUGGAGGAAAAAGCAGCCCAAAGAAAAUGGUCAAGAAAUCUCCCGGUGUCAGUGGUUGCCCGAUGGAGGUAGUGAUGGGGGUGAUGGUGCAGAUGACAGCGGUGAUGGAGGGGAAGAUGGAGACUACCACAGGAGUGAUCCUCAGAUAGCCAUCUGUCUGGACUGCCUGCACAACACGGGGCAGUCGGAGGAGAGCACUGUAACGGAUUUGAUGAAGAGAUUCAUCCGCUGCUCCAGCAGAGUCACUGUGGGAACCAUUAAGAAAUUUCUCAGUCUUAAACUAAAGCUCCCGAGUUCUUAUGAACUAGAUGUGCUUUGUAACGGAGAGAUCAUGGGCCGAGAUCACACUCUGGAAUUCAUCUACAUGACCCGAUGGAGGCUGCAUGGAGAGAACACAUAUCCCAUGGUUCUGGAGUACCGGCCACGUAUUGACUUUGGCUGAAUCACGCCUGCAAAAAGAAGACAACAAUCACAAGCACGCACACACAUAAUAUAUGCACUCAAUCACAUCCAUCAAUCCAUUGUUUUUACUCACUUCUUCCUU